GGUCAUUUUCUAUUUACACUGCAUUUGAUACCAUUGCUAAGGAAAGCACCGGCUGGUCGUAUAGUGACCGUUUCAUCUGGUUUACAUAUUUGUAGCCCAAUUCACCUUGAUAAUGUAAACCUCCGAAAUGGUACCUAUAAUAGGUUUUUCGCUUACGCUCAGAGCAAACUCGCAAAUGUGUUGUUCAGCCGUGAAUUGGCCAAAAGGCUCCGCCACUCAAAUAUUAACACCUAUUCACUGCAUCCGGGAGUCAUUAACACAGAUCUGGACAGACAUAUGGCUGAUGAGACCAAACGGGCCGAAAGGGGUUGGUUUAGACGUAACUUUCGCAUAACACCAUUCCUGGGCUCUCAGACCACACUCUACUGCGCUCUCGACGAUGAUAUCGCUGAUGAGACCGGAUAUUAUUACGACAACUGUCGUCGUGUGGAUCAUAUGAUACCCGAAGCCAAUGACGACAAGACUGCCAAAAGUCUGUGGGAAUUGAGCUGUGAUUUAGUAUACAUCGGGUGUCGGGAUCAGAAGAAAGGCAAAGCGGCCGUCGAAAACAUCCUAUCAUUGAAUCCAAAGGCAAAUAUAAAACUACUUUCGCUGGACUUGUCUUCACUCACAUCUGUCCGCAAAUGUGUGGAAGAGUUGUCGGGUUUGGAGACAAAAGUCGAUAUAUUUAUCAAUAACGCCGGACUCGGCGGGUGUCCGGAGUCGCAGACAGAGGACGGUUUUGAGAUGCAAAUUGGCACUAAUUUCCCUAGACAAGACUUGGUGACCGGUAAUAAGAAACUUAAUGGACAGGUAGUUGUGGUUACCGGCGGUAACACUGGUAUUGGAAAAGAGACUGCAUAUCAGCUCACACUUAGAGAUGCAAAGGUGUAUAUCUUGUGUCGGGACCAGAAGAAAGGAAAAGCGGCCGUAAAAGAAAUCUUAGCAUUGAAUCCAAAGGCAAAUAUAAGACUACUGUCGCUGGACUUGUCUUCACUCAAAUCUGUCCGCAAAUGUGCGGAAGAGUUGUUGGGUUUGGAGACAAAAGUAGAUAUACUUAUCAAUAACGCGGGAGUUAUGGCCUGUCCUGAGUGGCAGACGGAGGAUGGGUUUGAGAUGCAGUUUGGGACUAACCAUCUAGGUCAUUUUCUAUUCACUCUACAUUUGAUACCAUUGCUAAAGAAAGCACCGGCGGGUCGUAUAGUGAAUGUCUCGUCGGGUGCCCACAUUCAUGGCCAAAUUCAUCUACAAAAUAUUAACCUACGAAACGGUGCAUAUCAUAGCUAUUUUGCGUACGCUCGGAGCAAACUCGCAAAUGUGUUGUUCAGCCGUGAAUUGGCCAAAAGGCUCCGACACUCAAACAUCAACACCUAUUCAAUACAUCCGGGAGUCAUUCAAACAGAAUUGGGCCGACAUAUGGCCGAUGAGACCAAACCGGCCGAAAAGGGUUGGUUUGUACGUAACUUUACCCUGACACCAUUUUUAGGCUCUCAGACCACACUCUACUGCGCUCUCGACGAUGAUAUCGCUGAUGAGACCGGAUAUUAUUACGACAACUGUCGUCGUGUGGAUCAUAUGAUACCCGAAGCCACUGACGACAAGACUGCCAAAAUGACCUGCAGUAAAAACCUUAAUGGACAGGUAGUUGUGGUGACCGGCGGUAACACUGGUAUCGGUAAAGAGACUGCAUAUCAGCUCACAUUAAGAGAUGCAAAGGUAUACAUCGGGUGUCGGGACCAGAAGAGAGGUGAGGCGGCCGUCAAAGACAUCUUAUCAUUGAAUCCAAAGGCAAACAUAAAACUACUUUCGCUGGACUUGUCUUCACUCAAAUCUGUCCGCAAAUGUGUGGAAGAGUUGUCGGGUUUGGAGACAAAAGUCGAUAUACUUAUCAAUAACGCCGGAAUCGCCGGUUGUCCGGAAUGGAAAACCGAGGACGGGUUUGAAAUGCAAUUUGGAACUAAUCACCUAGGUCAUUUUCUAUUUACGCUUCAUUUGAUACCAUUGCUAAGGAAAGCACCGGCGGGUCGUAUAGUGACCGUAUCAUCAGAUAUACACGAGUUCGGGACAAUUCACUUGGAAAAUAUAAACCUCCGAAAUGGGACAUAUAAUCCCAUUUAUGCUUACGCUCAGAGCAAACUCGCAAAUGUGUUGUUCAGCCGUGAAUUGGCCAAAAGGCUCCGACAUUUAAACAUCAACACCUAUUCAGUGCAUCCGGGAGUCAUUAACACAGAACUGGACCGACAUAUGAGACCCGAUGGGGCAAAACGCGAGGGCGUCAGCGGUUGGUUUAGGCGUAACCUUAACCUAACAGUAUUCAUGGGCUCUCAGACCACACUCUACUGCGCUCUCGACGAUGAUAUCGCUGAUGAGACCGGAUAUUAUUACGAAGAUUGUGUUCGUGUGGAUCAUAUGAUACCCGAAGCCAAUGACGACAAGACUGCCAAAAUGACCAGUAGUAAAAACCUUAGUGGACAGGUAGUUGUGGUGACCGGCGGUAACAGAGGUCUUGGAAAAGAGACUGCAUAUCAGCUCACACUUAGAGAUGCAAAGGUGUAUAUCUUGUGUCGGGACCAGAAGAGAGGUGAGGCGGCCGUCAAAGCCAUCCUAUCAUUGAAUCCAAAGGCAAAUAUAAAACUACUUUCGCUGGACUUGUCUUCACUCAAAUCUGUCCGCAAAUGUGUGGAAGAGUUGUCGGGUUUGGAGACAAAAGUCGAUAUACUUAUCAAU